CAUGAGAGAGAGAGAGAGAAAAAUCCGGAUUUGUGUCUCUUGAAGCAUGCAGUGUAAAUCCAACCUUAGAGGUGUGUCCUGCUCAUUAAGAAAUGCGAAUAACCGCAGACGUUUGCCAGAAGAGAAAUGUAGAGCAACAGGUACGCUCAUUCAAUUCUGCGUAUGGAAAAAGGAGUCCUCCCUGGCCAAAUAACCGCUCUUUUGUCAGCAUGGAGACCAGAGAAACGACGUUAAUAAAUCAAGGCCUGGAAGAUGAAAUGGAGGUGUGGGGUUACCGGCCCUGCCUGUGGAAAAUGAUCCUGGUGGGCGUUGGUGCCGUUUGCUCUGGCGGUCUCCUGCUGCUGCUGCUCUACUGGUUGCCCGAGUGGGGGGUCAAAGCCACCUGCACGCUCAGCUCACUGAGGGAAGCGCACACUUUGCUACUCCGGACGACGGAUGAUUUCCGGCAGUGGGCUCGUGCCAAAGUACAUGUGAUGUUGGCUCCAGGGAAGACCCCCUUUGAUAGUGCGGAGCAUCGGCCCACAGCUCACUUACUGAACGAGGAUGACCACCGCUACCACCAAAGCCUCAUUGCUGAACAGAAGGAACCAAAUGGGAAAUUCUACCAUGGACAGUCUGCUAACAUUGUCCACUACUUUACUUUCCACAGCAUCAGAUACUACUGGAAUGAAGGCACGCAGGACUUUGAAAUAUUUAAGGGCUUGGAGGACACCAAGGUGAGCUGCGCCGACAUUCACAGAGACCACAGCUAUGGACUCACCGCCGCAAUACGAGACCACAGGGCUUUGUUUUUCGGCAAGAACGAGAUUGACGUACAAGUGCCAUCUUUAUUCAGACUCUUUAUAAAAGAGGUCUUGAACCCAUUUUACAUCUUCCAGCUCUUCGCUAUUGUUCUGUGGGCUGUUCAGGGCUAUUUCCAUUAUUCCCUCAGCGUGUUAUUCUUUUCGUUCAUUUUAAUAGCUGCCUCUUUGUACAGCAUAAGAAAGCAAUAUGCGAUACUGCAUAACUUGGUGGUCGCACACAGCAUGAUGCGAGUUUCAGUCUGCAGAAGAAGCAAAGAUGUUGAACAGGUCAUGUCGACCGAGCUGGUGCCCGGUGAUGUCAUCACGAUUCCAGCCAAUGGGAUGAUCAUGCCAUGUGACGCCGUGCUUAUCCGCGGCACCUGCAUUGUGAACGAGAGCAUGUUGACAGGAGAGAGCGUACCUGUUACCAAGACCAGUUUGCCGAGUUCGGGCGAUGACGCAGAGAGGAUCUACUCCACCGAGGAACACAAGCGACACACCCUCUUCUGCGGCUCGCAUGUCAUCCAGAGCCGUUACUAUGGCGGCAAGCUGGUGAAGGUGGUCGUGGUCAGAACAGGCUUUUGUACAGAAAAGGGCCAGCUGGUGCGCUCCAUCCUCUACCCUAAGCCCACCAACUUCAAACUGCACCGCGACGCCACACAGUUCCUCAUGUGCAUGGUGGUGUUGGCAGUGCUCGGUUUCUUCUACGCCAUCGUUGUCGACGUCAUAUUGGGGGUUUCCGCCGAGGCCGUCAUCUACGACGCUCUGAACAUCACUCUUAUUGCCGUGCCCCCAAUCAUACCGGUGGCGCUGACUGCCGGGCUGAUGCACGCCCAACGUCGCAUGAAGCGACUCGGCAUCUUUUGCAUCAGUCCGCAGAGGAUCAACAUCUCCGGGCAGCUCAACUUGGUCUGCUUUGACAAGACGGGCACUCUCACGGAAGACUGUUUGGACCUGUGGGGUGUUCAGAGGGCUGAAGAUGGCAUUUUUUUAGCGCCGGACACUCGGAUAUCGACGGAGACUUCUUUUGCCGCCUGCAUGGCAACUUGCCACUCCUUGAUCACCAUAGAAGGCAAACUCUGUGGGGACCCCUUAGACGUCAAGGUGUUCGGCGCCACCGGCUCGAUUCUUGAGGAGGCAACUGAAUACCAGGCUGCGCUUUACAAUGCCAGAAUUUCCACUGUUGUUCAAUUUCCAGAUCGGUCGUGUGAGUUUGGCAUUGUGCGCCAGUUCCCCUUCUCCUCGGCGCUGCAGAGGAUGAGCGUGGUGGUCAGGCAGCUGGGACAAAACCACUUUGACGCCUACUUGAAAGGAGCGCCGGAGACGGUGUCCAAUCUCUGCAAACGGCACACAGUCCCGCAGAAUUUCAAAGAGACACUCGAGACUUACACGCGGCAGGGCUUCAGGGUUAUCGCUCUGGCACAUCACCGACUGGACUCUGAACUCCCAUGGCUACAAAUCCAGAGCCUCAGCCGGGAGCAGAUCGAGACCAACAUGGACUUCCUUGGUUUAAUCGUCAUGCAGAACAAAAUCAAAGAACAGACCGCCGGCGUUUUGCUGGAUUUGCGACAAGCCAACAUUCGAACUUUAAUGGUUACAGGUGACAACAUGUUGACGGCAAUAUCGGUGGCUCGAGACUGCGGAAUGAUUCGAGGCCAUGAGAAAGUCAUUAUUGCCGAUGCCGUGCCUCCUAAUGAUCGAAACCCCGCCGCCAUAACGUGGCGCUACUCCGAGAACCCGCUUCUGAAAAGCAAUCAGACCACCAAGAUCAAUUUUGGAUUGCACAGUGAGAAAGACCCUGGCUAUCACUUCGCUGUGAGCGGCCAAGCCUUCAAUGUCAUCACUGAGCACUUUUCACACCUCGUCCCAAAGUUCCUCCUGAGAGCCACCGUGUUUGCCCGCAUGACUCCAGACCAGAAGACUCAGCUGGUGCAAGCCCUGCAGAGCAUCGAUUACACUGUCGGGAUGUGUGGAGAUGGCGCGAAUGACUGUGGGGCAUUGAAGAAAGCUCACAGCGGGGUGUCUCUUUCUGAUCUGGAGGCCUCUGUGGCUUCCCCCUUCACCUCUUCCAUCCCAAACAUCUCCUGCAUUACCAACCUCAUCAGGCAAGGCCGCGCUGCUCUUGUCACCACUUUCUGCGUGUUCAAAUUCAUGUCGCUCUUCAGCCUCAUCCUCUUCUGCGGAGUCAUUCUGCUUUACACGGUUGUCAGCAAUUUUGGAGACUGGCAGUACCUUUUAACUGACACUGUCAUGCUUUCUCUAAUCAUCUUUACCAUGAGUCUGAACCCAGCGUGGAAAAAGUUGUCGCGACGCACCCCCCCAACCAGUCUGAUGUCCAUCCCGGUGCUCUGCUCAAUUCUAUUUCAGAUGCUCAACUGCCUACUCUUUCAGAUUUUUACUUUCUUCUUAGUGCAGCAACAGAGUUGGUAUCGGACUCCUCAGGAAAUUCACUGCAACGACUCCAGAUUCAGUGACACCUGCGGCUUCAACAAAACCGAAGCCGGAGUCCUCUAUAUCAUCACCAAUUAUGAAAACACCUCCCUCUUCUACGUUUCUGCUUUCCAGUACUUGAUUGUCGCCAUUGUCUUUGCGAAAGGAAAACCCUUCAGACAGCCGAGCUAUAAAAACUGGUCAUUCGUGUUAACCUGCACUGUUCUGUAUGGUUUUAUCCUGUUCAUCAUGCUGAAUCCCAUCCCUGCUGUUGAUGAGCUGAUGGAGAUUGCGACCGUUCCCUACGACUGGCGCAUCACACUCCUCAUCAUUAUUUUAGCGCAUGCUGUUCUGUCUUUCAUCCUGGAGAAUCUGAUCCUCGACGCUCUAUGGAAGUUUUUUCCAACCAAGCCGAGUGUAAAGUGGACCAGCAACCGACACGCUGCUAAUACAACACAGUUGGCGAAGGAAUUUUGGGGCCUGGCCUUCCUCUCCAGGAUGUUCUCUCACAAAAACCGGCCCCCGAAGACGAAAUACAAAUAUCUGGCUCUGAAGCUCCAGGAGGAGGUUGACUGGCCUCCCGCACCCUCCACCAUCACCUAUGCCGGCACAACUCAGUACCACAUAUCGAUGCCAUUUUGACACCAACGCUGACAAGAAUAUCCUCCAACAAGUGGCCUUCCUUCCACUAGAUGCCGUGCCUCACUUGGUGCUUUAGAUUGCUUCUGUUUUUUUUUUUUUACUUGGAGAUGGAUAGACAGUAGAAAGGGAAAAAAAAGUACAUCGAACUGAACAUUGAAGGACUUUGGAAGCCGUUUUUGGAGUACAUCUGUGAUUUCAGACUCACCCAGAAGCCGAGACUUGAUUUAGACUUUUUACGUUAAAGAACAUUUGUAACAA